GUACACCUCUCCAAACAGGCUAUUUCCUGUCUAAUUUUUAUUCCCCUGCUGUGUGCUGAAGGUCACUGGUUACGUCUGCACAAACCAGCGAAGUCACGAUAAAGGAACACUUGGCCAGGAAAAUGGACCAGAGUGGAGAGGAGGAGGGGACAGAGGAGGAGGAGGUGAGGCAAUUCAACAAGGGACGGUCCGGCCUGCUUUCCCUCCCUAAACCGGCCCAAUGACCUUCCUCGCUCACAGUGACCACUCCUCUGGGCUGGCUUCCUGCAGGCCCACAAACAGCCCAGUCUCAGGAGCCAGCCUGCGUUCCUGCCUCCAGCUUGGGCGCUGCUCGCACUUCCCAGGAAGGAAAGCUCUCUUGAAAGGGCUGGAAAGGUGCCUGACUCCCGCCAUGUUGGCGCUGCUGUGUGCCUUCCUGCUCCUGGCGGCCGGCGCCUCGGACCCUUGGGCGGAGCCCAGCUCCAAUACGACGGAGCAGAUCCGCGACAUGCACGCCAAAGUGACGGAGAUCUGGCAGGAGCUGCUGCAGCGGCGGCAGGGGGGCAGCGGCCGGGAUGCUGCGCUCCACGCUGCCUGCCACGUGCAGCCGUCGGCCACGCUGGACGCCGCGCAGCCCCGAGUGACCGGCCUCGUGGUCUUCCGGCAGCUCGUGCCCGGCGCCAAGCUGGAGGCCUUCUUUGACCUGGAGGGCUUCCCGGCCGAGGCCAAUGGCUCCAGCCGCGCCAUCCACGUGCACCAGUUCGGGGACCUGAGCCAGGGCUGCGACUCCACCGGGGCGCACUACAACCCGCUGGCCGUGCCGCACCCGCUGCACCCGGGCGACUUCGGCAACUUCGCCGUGCGCGACGGCCGCCUCUGGAAGUACCGCGGCAACCUCGCCGCCUCGCUCAGCGGCCCGCACUCGAUCGUGGGCCGCGCCGUGGUGGUCCACGCGGGCGAGGACGACCUGGGCCGCGGCGGCAACCAGGCCAGCGUGGAGAACGGCAACGCGGGCCGCCGGCUCGCUUGCUGCGUGGUGGGCGUGUGCGGGCCCGCGCCCUGGGCGCGCCAGGCGCAGCAGCACGCCGAGCGCAAGAAGCGGAGGCGCGAGAGCGACUGCAAGGCCGUUUGAGCGCGUCCCCCGCCCCGCGGCGGGCGCCCGAGACCCCCUCCACUCUCUGACCCCCCCCCCCCCAUGAGCCUUGAGACCCCUCUGUGCGUCCCGAGACCCUCUCCACGCCCCGACACCGAUCCAUGCGCCUCAGACCCCCUCCACGCCCUGACACCCAUCCAUGCACCUCAAACCCUCUCCACCCCCUGACAGCCCUCCGUGCGCUUCAGCCCUCCUUGCACCACAGACUCCCUCCAUACCCUCACACCCCUCCAUGUGUCCUGAGGCCCCAUCCAUGCUCCCCGAGACUCUCCCCACUUGAGUGUCUCCCUCUGCUCCUAGGCACACCUUCCAACCUGAGGUCCCCCCUCUGCCAUGGCUGAGGGCUCCCUGAAAAUCCCUCCAUCAUGAGAUCUCCAACCAUGUAUGCUCCACCCCUCUGUAUCCUGAGGGCAGCCUCUGCCUUCUUAGCCCUCCACCCCGAGUUCUGAGGACCCCCAGAGAUACUGAAAUGCCCCCAUCUACCCUGAGGGCUUCCCAGACUCCCCGAGAUCCUUUUCCAUCCUGACAGCCCCACUCCCACCCCAUGAGCCCUGAGAUCCCUCUAUGCCCUAAGGACCCAACUCCCCCGACCCCUUACGCUCCUCCUAGGUUCUGAGACCCCUCCUGAGGUUGCCUUGCAUCCCCCCUCAGUCCCCAACCAUCACCUCCACACUCCACCAUCAUGUGCAGCCUGCAGUUGGGCGCCCCUGCCUGGCAUCUUCAGCGGUUUCCCGGCCACUGUCGCCCUGCAGAGAGCUGUUCCUUUGGGGGCUGUAUGACAAUCUUCAUGUUGCUCAUUAAAAACUCAGCAAUUCAGUACUGCA